AUAGCAGAAUUGACAAUGUAAUUAAGAGAUUAACUUAUCUAACACAGCAGAGAUUGGCAUCUACGCAAGUUUUGCAUGAUUUAACCGCAUUUACAUCUGUUACUGACGGAUAUGAGAAAUCGCUUGAACGGAACUCUGAGUUCGUACAAGCUUGUAGUGAUUGGCAAGAACAGCAAGUGAAAUUAGCAGGGAGCGGCUCUAGCUCGGGAAAUGUGAUAGGAUCAUCCACUCACAAAAAAGCUGUAAAUUUGGCUUUAUACGAGGCUUCAGAAGAGAGUUUAGACUUAAGCUCUGAAUUUUCCUGUGAUACUAGUUAUAGUGAAAAAGUUGUACAGCAAAGGGGAAAAUAUUAUGCCAUUUAUAACUUCGUUCAAGCGGAAACGAAGUUUAAAUGCACCGAAAGUAUAACUUUGUCUGCUCCUGGCGAUUACAGAUUUCUGGACAAUAUUAUUCCUUUAGUGGAUCGUUGGAGAGGUCCAAUCAGCAUAGCCCUAUAUGCUCCAGGAAGAGAUUUAUUUCCUACCAUAGAUGCAAUUGCUUAUUUGCGAAAUUGCAAGUCCGAACUUAUACGAGAAUUAGUAAGUUUUCAUAUUGUGUUUGAGGAAGAUCAAAUGCCGAAAAGCAAGAACCGAACAAGACUUAUAGAUGCUUACAAAGAUGAAUAUGAUUGUUCAAUGCCACCGCCAUGGCAGGAAGUGCACGAUACCGAUAUGUACAAGACAAAACACGAAUUAUUGUAUCCAAUUAAUGUUGUGCGAAAUGUCGCUAAACUAGCAGCUCAAACCUACUUCGUUUUCCCCAGUGACAUUGAAUUGUAUCCGACGAGAAAUUUUAUCUCGCUUUUUUUAAACUUUGUCCAAGAAAACAUGGAUCUAUUUCGAACAGGAAAUAAAAAUGUCUUUGUGCUGCCAAUAUUUGAGGUCAUGGAGAACCAACAUGUUCCUGAAAAUAAAACUGAGUUGCUGAGAAUGUUGAAGAAAAAAACAGCCAUCAUUUUUCAUCAGUCUGUCUGCAUCGUGUGUCAUAGGGUAGUGGAAAGCGAAAAAUGGGUAAGAUCCAAUGAAACUGAAGGUUUAGGAGUAUUUUCAGUAGGAAAAAGAACAGGGAGAUAUAUGGUUUGGGAACCGUUUUUUGUUUGCACCCAAAAGGAACCUUUGUGGGACGAACGCAUGACUUGGGAAGGGCAAAAUAAUAAAAUGAUACAGGCUUACACAAUGUGUGUAAUGGAUUAUGACUUCCACGUCUUGGACAACGCUUUUCUAAUACACAAACCAGGUGUGAAGAAGAAAAAAGUUCAAUUGGUCAAAUUCCAAGAUGCGGUUCGAUGGUCUAAUCGUCUUAUUAAGAACAUAAGCAUAGAAUUGCAGGAAUUGUAUGGAUACAGUUCGAAUUGCAGCAUAACGUAUAAGACUGUAAUGAAAAAAAAAUCGAAGGUCCCAUUUGAAAUCGUAAAAAAAACGUAAUGUACAAUUAUUUGAUUUGCUUGAUUAAAUAAUUGCAUGUGGAAAAUGUUUGCCUUCGCUGAAUUCAAGCUUUUCUGGUAAGCGUCUGCAUAAUUGUACCAAUAUUUUGUUGGAAAGGGCGUUUAAGAAAUCAAUUUUAGGAAACAAUAAAAAUAGUCGAACUAAUAGACAAAAGAGGCAAAUGCCUUGCUCAGAAAUCAUUUAAUAUUUAAUAGUCACGUAUAAAUUAAAAUUAAUGUGUAUUAAUGUAUGAAAUUGUUUGUAUUUAGAUUUUAUUUUUAAUUUGAAUGUAAAAGUUUUGACUAUUCUUUAAGGAACAUAUUUUACUUAUGGAUCUCGUUCUCACUUUUAUAAAAAAUCAAACCAAAGAAGUGUAGUGCUAGAAUACGUACUGACGAUAAUUGCUGUUUGAUACAUGGAACUUGCAUUAACUUUUUAGUAGAACAGCUUCGGAAUACAUAUUUUGACUUAUAAACGUUUUUUUUAUCAUGAUAGACAAGCUUUCAUUAUUGUUAAACAGCGUGUUCAGUAUGUGCCAGCAAAUAAGAAAUUCGUUAAGCCAUUUUUAGUGACUUCAUUUUGCGAAAAGAUUUUGGAAGAUGUCCACUAGUAUGUGCCUUUCCUUCAGCUAUUUCAUUUCCAAACUCACUUUCCACGAAUAUUUUUACAAAUUUCAAUACUACUUUGGUGAUACAUACAAACACUUUGUAAGGGUUUAAUUGAGCUGAAACUGUUCAACUAGUUAUAUUUAUUAUAAUAAUUUAUAUUUAGUUCGAAAUUGGGUGAAUGCAAAUAAGUGAAGUGCACUCAUUACGUUAAACACUUGUUAAGAGAAUGUAAUUCAUUGUGAUGCUUUUAUUUAUUUAAAGAAAUUAUUAAAUAUAUUGUUUAAGUUAAUGUUAUUUAUAAUGCAAUAUUUAUUUCGUAGUUUUUAUGAAUACGUUGCUAAUAAAUUAGUGUAGUAAUAAGAAAGAAA